UACGCCAUCAGCUAACAGCAGCAGAGAGUUAAGUGUGUUAUGUGUUAAGUGAAGGUCUCAUCGCUCAGCUUAGCAGUUGUGCAGAGAGUAAGUAGUACCUACUACCUACUACUACUGAACUGACUGGUAUUGCUGGUUGGCUUUUGCCUAUGACGACGACAGCCAUGUCUGUGUCUCGGAUCUGACUUGGGGUGGCUGGCUGUCUGUUUGUCUGUCUGGCUGGCCUAGUCUGUUCUGCGAGGAGAGGACCUGUGGCGUACUGCUGAAAUUCGCUGCCCGAGUCAAGUCGUAAUCCGAAAGCCGCCAGAAAGAGAGAGGGCCGUCGAGUGCUGCUUGCUGCCUGCCUGGUGUUGAGGUUUACCUACUAACUAAAACUAGCCAGCCAGCGCCAUCAGCCAGUAAGCGAAAUGAGGGAGAAUAUGAGUGAAAGAUAGGUAUCUGUCUUCGUGGAAGCAAUUUUUAGUCAACGGGAGUAAAGGAAAGGCAGUCAGAAAAAAAAUAUUACCUAGCGGACAUAGCCGAAAAGUGUACUUCUGGUCGCAAAUUGGCCAAAUUGUAGUGUAAAAUAGUGAUUUUAGUGCCUACCGGAUAUCUGAUCGGGCGGACGGAUUCCGUAAAUUGCAAAUAACGUUGGAAUGGUGGUUUGAGCACGGGUUGUGCAUGUAUAUGCAACGAAAAUGGAACAACCCUCAGCAGCAGCAGCAGCAGCCUCAGCCUCAGCUUUAGCGCUAGCCGUGGUUGAAAGUUGUCGUUGUCGUCUAUGCUUUUCCGUGGAGGACCUUUCCUGUUCUCUCUUCCCUGCACAAGGUAACCCCAGCCGGGAGGUGAUCGACAUGAUACUGGAAUGCACCUCGAUACGGAUAACCUUCGAGGAGGACUUCCCCUCGAAAGUGUGCGAAAAGUGUUUGGAAACGUUGGGCAAAUUCUACCAUUAUCGACAGCAUUGUCUGAAGAAUGACAAAAUUCUUAAAUCUCAACGGAAAGACUCUUCGAAGCUAGUGAAGGUGAAACAGGAACCACUUCCGGUAGACGAGAUUGAUCCUAAUCCCGAGCCACUGCAGCAGGAAGAACCCGCUCAAGUAGUCAAGCAAGAAGAUCCCGGGGGUUCAUCUAUACUGAGAAGUAUCCUUCUUCAAUGUCGAGAACCCGGUAGAACGAGUUCGACUGGUUCGGGUGAAUUGGACCAGGAUCCAACAAAACUUGAGGAUACAACCGAAAAUCAGCUUCCGAUCGAGACGCUCGAAGAAGAACUCGAAGUUGUGCCACCUCAAUCGUCACUGCUUCAACAGAUGUUGCUCCAUCAAGGGCCAAACAAUCAUCCCAACUCAUCGCCAUCUCUUCUCAAGAGGAUGCUCCUGGAGGGCGGUGCUAGUGAUCGACAAUCGCCAUUGGAAGGUUCCAGCACCAUGAAUCGUCGGAGAUCGGAAGAUCAGAAACCUGCUAUUCUUACCAACCACGAAUCUUGUCAUCAGCAACAACAACAGCAACACGAUGAAAAUCACAACGAAGAACAUUCCGAGACACCGUUGGCCUCCCAGCUGAGGGCCAUCCUGUUGCAGCACCGGGCAGUCGCUGCAGCUGCUGCUGCAUGCAGUGGAAUGAGUAGCAGCAGCAGUACGGCCGCAAGUGGUCCUCCUUCGAGUGCAGCUACCGUGAACAACAUUAGCAAUAAUAGCAAUGCCGCUGAGGUGCCUUGUAACGAAAAUGCCAACGGUGCCGAUGGGAAUCCUCCUGCGUCGUCUGAUGCAGCAGCGUUGGAGAAGCCGGAAGUUUCCUAUCUCAGAAGUCUGUUCAUGCGGAACGAUUCCGAUGCCAACGAGGACAGUGACAGCGAUAACGGCGAUGAGCCUAGCAAUCGAGAACUGCUGUUCAACAUGUUUCAAGAGCUGCGCGCAAGAAAUGAGAUAAACUCCGACGAGAGCGACGAUUCGGAGGAUCGUGCCUUCGACUAUCGGGUUCCGAGCGUGAGGCGACGUAGCUCUGAAUCAACGGUGGAAUCUCGCAAAAGACGUCGCAUGACCCCGACGAGUGACUUCACGUGUCUGCUGUGCGGUCGGGCUUUCCAAACCCGGUCGAAGCUGGUGCUGCACAUGCGAACCCAUCUUGACCCGACGACUGCAGGAAGUCCUUCGACAUCAGCAGCCGCUUCCGUAGAUGCCAUGACCGCAAACAAUGUGGCUGCGGUACAUCAAUCGCUUUUGGCCGCUGCUGCAGCUGCACAGUCUAACAAUGCUGCAGCCGCAGCAGCUGCCCUGAUUGCCGGAGGAAGUUGUUCGAUGUCAGCUGCUGUAGCGGCUGCUGCAGCGGCUGCGCAUCUCACUACCGAGAACAACAACGUCGGAGGGGCCGCGGUUGACAACCAAGAGGACGACGAGGAAAGCCGUCAAAUUGAGCUGCUGGAGCGACGAUCGUAUGCAUGUUACAUUUGCGGUGCUGAUCAGAACAAUCUGCAGCAACUGAAGGAACACUUGCUACUCGCCCACCAGGAUCGCAUCCGGUCUCGGGGUCGUGCCAAGGAGCGCCCCAAACCGUUGAUCAGUUGCAACUUUUGCAACCGACAGUUCCGAAGUCAAUUCGCUUACGGGGAGCAUCUGAGGACACAUACAGGCGAGCGACCGUUUCCGUGCGACCAAUGUGAUAAACGAUUCCCCAGGCGAUUCCAGUUGUUAGGCCAUCUUUACAAUGUUCACAAACAGUCCUGGGUGGCGGACGAAUCGAAGGCUAAGUUCGUCAAAAAAUAGCUUCCAAAGCAAACUGACGAACCGAGAGGAAAUCUGGAAGACGACGAACAGUAGAAUGAAACCAAUCGAGGAAACAAAAAUGACACAGGAAAUAGCCCUAAACAAAAUGUGGGCUUUAUGUAGUUUGUUGAAAAUCUUCCGUUUUAAUUUUUUUUUUAAAUUUUUGAUACAUUUAUAACAAAUGAAAAUUAUACCUUUUAUUAUCUGUUGACGAAGUAUAGCAUACAAUUUUAUACUGAAC